AUGAAGAAGCGGAAAUCUCCUUUCUGGAAGGACGAUCCCGGUGGCUCUUGCCCCGUCGAGACGCCAUCCUCCCACUGCCACCGCCAGAACCUGGCACAUCAUCCCUUGUCUCCCUCGUCGCCUCCUCUGUUGUCGCCCUGUCUUGCGUAUUCUCCUCCUCCAUCUCCUCAUUCCACGUCUUUGGCGAAUCAUAUUCAUAUUCACCGUCGACACGCUACAAUGCGGUACCGCCGAAAAUUCCAUUCGGGCAUUCUUGUCCCGCUGCUCCUGUGGCUCGUGUCGUCCGCUUCCUGCUCGCCCUCUGCCACAACAACAACAACAUUCAGUACCAGUGUACUCCAUACGGAAUCUCCCAGUCCCAAAGAAAUUUCCUCUCAUGGCAGACUGCGCCGAAGAACCUCCUCCGUCCUUCGGGGCUAUGACGACAAUAGCCACGUCUUUCAAAGUGGAAGCCACAUUGCCGACGAUCCAAGAAUUGUUCGACCAGGGAUUGCGGAAUCGGAUGGUGAAUCCAACAACGACAAUCAAACAUACAAUGCUGCUUUACAAGAUGACGGCUACAACAAUCAAACGACCACGGAUCCACAACAGGGGGACAGCAACAACAACAACAACCACACGACCACACAAUGGGGGACACGCGACGGGUACGACCAACCGGGAGGGACAGGGGCGAUUUGCUGGAAGACCGAUUCGUCGUUCAAUGGUGGUGACUCUACACCACAAGUGCUGCCCAGUUGUGGUCCCAACAAUCGACUGUGGAUGGAUCCUCCACUGCUGGAACAACAAAAGGGACAAGAACGAUUGUGGAUUGAUGAAACCUAUCGAUACAUUGUCCACUUGAACCUAAACCUGACCGAAAUGGUGGCAACUAGUGGCAACAAUGAGCUGAUAGUAGUGCAAUCCAUGGCUCUACAGAUCCUCUUUUGCCGUGUCGGGCAAGUCAGCUUUUGUUCUCCCUUUGUGCCCGAACAACUCGGGGCUCUUUCCGAUGAUGCACAACAACAACAACAUCAAAAACCCUACGAGGAGUCUCACUGGAUCCACAUUCCCGUGACGCCAAAUUCUACACAACAAGAACAUCUCCUCCAGGAAACCUUCUCCAUUCCAACAGUGGUCCAUCAGCCUGGAUCUUACUUUGUCCUUGCCAAACUGAGGAUUGCGACAACAAACAAUGACGGGAGCAGUAGUACAUCAUCUGCCAUUCAAUGGGACAUGGCCAAUGGACUGCCACCCAACAGCGACAUUGCCAAUGAUCCGUACUAUACACGUGGACGUGUCGUGCAGUACUGGCAUUUGCCCAAAAUUAUGGACGUGUCACGAGGUGUGCUCAUCUUGUCCUAUGUGGCCGUAUCCAUUGCUUCGGUCGUCCUGCUGUUUUUGAUUCUACAAACAGUGAAGCAUCGCAAAAAUCAAGUCCUCCAUCUGUCGCAAGCCGGAUUCAUCCACUUGUUCCUCGUAGCGGCAUUGUGGGCCACCAUUAGCACCAUCUUGCUCCAACCCAAGAAUGAUGUGUACUGUCAAAUGUCCAGCUCCAUGAUUCUCAUUCCCAUUCAACUCAUGUACUCCAUCACCAUUGGACGGCUCUGGAGAAUCAAUGCCGUCAUUAGUCCACUCCUGGUGGAACACUUUCGAAAGAAUUUGUCCUCGCAACAACGAUGGACGGGCAAACUCGUGAGUUGGGUUCAUCGACGAGGCACUGGAUCUUCCGGUCGAAAUGUGCAAUUGCGGCGCACCGUCACACCGCGCAAACUGGCAUGGGUCAUUUCCAUGUUUGCCGUGCCGCAAAUUGUCUUGCAGCUCUGUGCGGUACUGAUCCAACCACGAGAACGAAUGGUGCAAUUCACUCCAGAUGGCAUGACGGGUGUCGCCACGUGUGGGAAUUAUGGUUUGGAUCCCGCAGCGUCCAUUCUCAACUAUGCCUACGCGACGUUGGCAAUGCUGCUACUACUGUUGCUCGUCAUGGCGUAUAGUUGUCGGAAACUGCCGUCUCUGUUCAAUGAAACGCACGUCAUUUACAACAUUAUAUUUCGCACAUUUGUAUUUAUUCUGUUUGGGGUUGUGGUGGUGGUGGUCUUGCAGGCACAACAAAACUCGGUCGUCGCACCCGACGUGAUGUAUUUGCUAUGGGUGGCGGUGAUUCUCUACAUCACGCUGGCGUCCUCACUCGGGUUGGUCAUACCCAAGUUGAAAAUGAUUUGGAAUGGAGAGGUCGUUAUUGUUUCCAAGUUGGUCAGCGAUCAUCACAGGGCACGACGAGAAAAAAAGGCAGCUCGCGCCAGUGCCACGCACUCGAAUGGAAUGGGAAAUGUGACUGGCCUUGACUUGUCGAAUUCACACUCGAAUUCGAAUACGGACUCGUACUUGAACGGAAGUUUCAACACGGAGGCGUAUCUCAACGGCUCGAUCCCCAACUCGUUCGGGGGGUCCUUCACUGGCAGUAGUGGCGUUGCCAGCCCAGCAGAAUUAUUGAGCACUAGCAUUCACAGCGAAGACGGAACAAAGGAAAGACCCAAACUCUCCGAAAUCCGUGAGAACUCGGGUGUCGCAUCAUGCCCCAGAACAAUGUCAACCCACAGUGACUCCAGUCGUUGGUUGCCAAUGGCUUCGGAAGAUGCGGCAGACUAUGACGACGAAGAUGACGGCGACCUGGGUGAUCUGGAGGAUGGUUUCCCCGUCGAAGGAGAGGAGGACGCCCCUCCUAGACCACGCAUCUCACCGCCGCAAUUUGGUGAAUGGCGGAAUCGUAUGAAGAAUCUCCGGGACAAGUGGCACUCUAGGUCCAUGUCCUCCCUUGUUGCCUCCGGGGAGCUAAGACCAAACUCCCGGCCGUCCUCAGAAAUCCUCCCUGCAAUCUCUAGCGCAACGGACGAUCUGGAUGAGCCAGCUGAAGAUGUAGAAGAGGCAGAACUAGUGACACAAUCCGAGCAUGUCCUGAGCCAGGACACCACACGGCUUUCAACGUCGUCCCGAAGAAAGGAAUAUCGCAGAAAGAAACAAAAGUCGAGGCGGCGAAAAAGCAGCAUCAUGAUAGUCAGUCCCAACGAGACACCGCCUCGACGAUUGGUACUAAAAAUGAUGGAUCAACAUGACUGUUUGACGUCCGUCACUACAAAGAUCAUGUCUGGGUUGUCAGUCCGGCCGGAAGAGUGGGAUAAGCUUUUGCGUCUGCACACCAUCCUCGAGAAAUGCCUGCAGGAGGAAGUGAACUUUACAUGGCGCAAAGAGAUCCCCAUUCCUGAGGCCCAGCCGUCACCAACCUUUGAUCGAGGCGUUUCAAGUCGAUCGUUGAAGUUGAGUGAUUUGGAAGACAAGCUACCAGAAGAAACUGACGAUCCUAGUGAUGCCGGGAAUAGUCGCGACAACACGCUGCGACGGGGGAAUACGCACACAGGUCCAUUGAAAAAGCCGAAGAAUCUGUCUGACAUCGCUAGGGAAUUCAAACGCGUUGUCGACUGCCGCGAUCGGAAGUGGGGCUUGGGUACUGUUUAUAAGCAGUGCUUCAUUGCCUCAGAUGCUGUCGAUGCCUUGAUCUAUGCUGGAGUAGCGGAUUCAAGGGAAGAAGCGGUUGCCAUUGGGCAACGUCUUGCUGAAGAGAAGCAUCUUUUCAGACAUGUAACUGGCGAUCACUCCUUCAGCGAUCGGUACCUGUUCUUUGAAUACUUCUCAGACAAUGACAGUGUGUGCUCCAGUGAUGGGGAUGAUGACGAUGAAGGGAUGGAAACAAAUAUCAUGCAUCUGUCUGAUAUCAAUGAAACAACUGGACCCGCCGCUGAAGUCCGAGCUUUUCGGGAAGCCAUUUGCGUGCGUGAUAGGCGAUAUCACCUCAAACUGUACCCAAAAGUCUUUGUGGGUUGUGAGGCUGUGGACUCGCUCAUUUAUCAUGGGGUGGCCAAGUCACGUUGGGAGGCCGUUCAGUUGGGAAGGCGACUUGCCAGGGAGCACAAACUCUUCAAGCAUGUGUGUCAGGAUCAUGAAUUUCGUGAUGAGCAUCUCUUCUAUAGAUUUUCAGAACUCGACGAAAAUGGCGUGGAAAGCAGCCUUGGAAGUGCCAUGUCAGAUUCUGCACGUAUAUCCAGGCAACCGCGGAGCCAAAUUGCCGAGCUAGCAGACGCGUUUGAGAUGUAUGUCGAUAUUAGAGAUCGAUGGUAUCGGACAAAGAAGUACCGGAGUUGUUUCAUAGGGUCGGAGGCUGUGGAUGCCAUGAUGUAUGCGGGUUUGGCAGACUCUCGCGAAGCGGCUGUGGCACUGGGACGACGGCUCGAAAAGGAGCUUCGUUUGUUCCAGCACGUUUGCCAGGACCAUCACUUUAAGGACGCUUAUCUGUUCUACAGUUUGCGCCGUGGUGGCACCGCAGGAAGUCUAGGGACGAGCAGCGGCACGGGGGGCCGUAGCCGAAGCGCACAUUCAGAUAAUGAAAGCGCUGGCGGCUCUAGUGGUCAAGACAAGUUCCAGGCUAGCAUGAGUUCUAGCUCUCAGGGUGAGAAGCAAACAAAACUCAGUCACAUGCAGGAGAAGGCACAUGCCUUCCGGCAGUGCGCUGUAAUCACCACUGGUGCUUGGAGGUAUCGGCAGUAUCCGAAUGUAUUUAUAGGGUGCGACACCGUUGAUCGCAUGGUCUGGACUGGCCUUGCUAAAGACCGCGCGGAGGCGGUGCAGAUCGGAAGGGCUUUGGCACGAGAGUUGCGGUUGUUUCGUCACGUCGCUGAUGACCAUGCCUUUUGUGAUAGAUAUUUAUUCUACCGAUUCCGAACAGACGAUGACUCGAGCAGUGCAGCCAGCCUCAGCACGUUCUCUAGGAACUCGAAUGUUCCCAGAAGUAUUCAAGGUGGAGGGGAGACCUUAAACUCCCAAAGCAAUAACAACAGUCUUGGAACCCUUCAAAGCGGUCGCAGUGGGCUAGCAGACAAGGCAGAAGUCUUCAGGAGCUUGGCCGACGUCGCUGAUCGGAAGUAUCGACUGAGAAAUUACGCCGCAUGCUUUGUGGGUGGCCAAGUGGUCGAUGCACUGCUUCAGAGGGGCGUUGUGACAACAAGGGAAGAAGCUGUGGAGUACGGCCGAAGCUUAGAGAAGGAGCUUCGCUUGUUUCAGCAUGUUUGCGGGGCGCAUCCUUUUUCGGACGAUUACUUGUUUUAUCGCUUCCGUGACAUGGGAUUCCAGGAUGGUGUAGACGUUUUGGGUACCAGCCUCCACUCAGCAAACGAGUUGAGCGUCAGCAGCACGGUUGGAUUUGAUACGAGCAGAGCUGAACUGGAGGCCGAUGCUAUGGAGUUCAUGGGGGGUCCCGCUGGUCGUGGGUAUGGACUGGCAGUAUUGGACGAGAAUACCGAGCUUGAUGCCGAGACAGGCCACACCCGCGCUUACUCCAGUGCGGCGGAAAGCAACGAUGACGAUGAGCUUCCAGAGUUGGUCCACUAUCGUGACGUUGACAAUUCACACCUCGAGCAAACGGACUCACAGGUGACGAGAAGUUCGGAAGAGACACCCACGCACGCGCAUCAACCAGUUGAGUAUCUUCCUCCUACCGACUGCCCUCUGACAAUGGUUGGCUCGGAGAGAAACGGUGUGGAAACGAGAUCUGGAGAUACCGCGCAACCCGACCCAACCAGUGACUUGGUGGUUUAG